AUUAAAAAACUCAACCUUUAUUAACCAGAGCUCACUCACCCUCUCUCUCUCUAUUCUCCCUCUAGCUCCGAUGGGCUUUCCCGUAGGCUACACAGAGGUCUUCAUCCCGAAGCUCUUCGUACAAACACUCUCCCUACUCAGUUUCAUCAGAACCGUCCUCUUCUCUCUCUUCCGCUUCUUGGGCCUCUCCGACUUCCUCGAAAUGGACCAAACCUGGCCCGACCACACAUCUCACCCGACCCGAACACCCACCGAACCCCGCUCCCCCUUCUCCGCCCUCCUAAUCCGCGAGAUCUUACCCGUCAUCAAGUUCGAAGACGUCUCCGGCGAGGAUCUGCCGGAAAGCUGCGCCGUCUGUCUCUACGAGUUCGAAGGAGAGCAAGAGAUCCGGUGGCUGAGAAACUGCAGGCACAUAUUCCACCGGAGCUGUCUCGACCGUUGGAUGGAUCACGAUCAGAAGACGUGUCCUCUCUGUAGAACGCCGUUUGUUCCGGAUGAGAUGCAAGAAGAGUUUAAUCAACGGCUGUGGGCUGCUUCGGGUGUUCAUGACUUCCACAGCGAGUACUGUCCCGUGACGGAACUAUAGAGAGAGACGGCUUCUUUUCCCUCCUCCUUGUGUCUUUUUUCUUUUUGACUUUUCACCCCUGUACUUUUAAAUUUGCUUUUUUCACCCUUGCUAACAUUAGAUUUGCCACGCUUUCAUGUGUUUGUUAGAUAUACAUAUGAAUGAUAUGAGCAAUAAACAUUACCAAAUCAAAAAAUGAAAUCGAAGUAGUUUGUUUA